GUCACUGUCACCGAUCUGAUCCAUUCCAAAUACACACACAUAUUUAGGUCAAACAAUCACAUCUUCGACGUUGGAGGGCGCGCCAAAACAAUUAACUGCCGCGAUCUCUAUCCAAUCACUCCUCGCCACGUGUCCCCCAAACGUUACCCCACCCUCCCCUUCAUUCUUCCACACGCAAAUCUCUCUCUCGCUCUCCCUCUCCAUAUUCCUUCAAUCGGUUCAAACUAUCUGCACAUAGACAUACAUCAUAUUUGGGGUUUAUAUAGACCUAUGAGCUGUUAACCAGGCAAGUUUUGAGUUGCUGGUGAAGAAAUUAGUUCCUUUGCAGCCCUACCUCUAUAUAUACGAGAAUACAUUAAUAUAGUGGCUCGAGGAAUGGAGUGUCGUAAUCCAACACUGCAAUCAUCCAAUUCCAGUAAUCAGACAGCAGAGGAUGAUGAUCAACCUACUACCCGGCGAAUCCAACGGCUGCAAUUGCACCUAAACCCACCGGUUGUAUCCCGUGAAAACGUCCUGGAACUGCUGUCCUGUGCUGCUAAGGCGAAGCUUAGCGUGAACACUCAACAACUCUCUGAUUACAUGAGGGGAAAGCACAGAGACAUACAGGAGAGGAUAUUCGAUUACUACUUCAAAUCUAGACCGGAUUUACAGACCCCAGUUGAGAUUUCUAUGGAUGAACAUCGUGAGCUGUGCAUGAGGCAGCUUCUGGGUUUGGUCAGAGAAGCUGGCAUUAGGCCUUUUGGGUAUGUUGCUGAUGAUCCGGCUAUGUAUUUUGCCGUUGCUGAAGCUGUGGGGAGUGUUGACAUGUCGCUUGGGAUUAAGAUGGGGGUGCAGUACAGUCUUUGGGGAGGCUCUGUGCUCAACCUGGGAACUAAGAAGCACAGGGAUAAGUACUAUGAAGGUAUUGACAACUUGGAGUAUACAGGUUGCUUUGCUAUGACGGAACUUCAUCAUGGAUCAAAUGUCCAAGGACUCCAAACAGUUGCCACAUUUGAUCCACUUACGGACGAAUUCAUAAUCGACACCCCCAAUGACGGGGCAAUCAAAUGGUGGAUUGGCAAUGCUGCAGUUCAUGGCAAGUUUGCUACUGUAUUCGCCAAGUUAAUGUUGCCAACUCACGAUACAAAAGGAGUAUCUGACAUGGGUGUUCACGCCUUCAUUGUCCCAAUUAGGGAUUUAAAGACCCACCGAACACUUCCAGGGAUUGAAAUCCAUGACUGUGGUCACAAAGUUGGUCUGAAUGGAGUAGAUAAUGGAGCAUUAAGGUUUCGUUCUGUAAGAAUUCCGCGAGACAACCUCCUAAAUCGAUUUGGAGAUGUCUCUAGGGACGGGAAAUACUCAAGCCCCCUUCCGUCCAUUAAUAAACGCUUUGCUGCCACACUAGGGGAGCUUGUUGGGGGGAGGGUAGCCCUUGCAUAUUCUUCAGUUGGUGUCCUCAAAGUUGCCUCCACCAUUGCAAUUCGUUAUUCUUUGCUCCGACAUCAGUUUGGUCCUCCAAAGCAGCCUGAAGUCAGUAUCCUUGAUUACCAGUCCCACCAACAUAAACUUAUGCCUAUGCUUGCUUCGACCUAUGCAUUCCAUUUUUCCACUCUUUAUUUGGUGGAGAAAUAUUCCGAGAUGAAGAAGUCUCAUGAUGAAGAAGUGGUGGGGGAUGUCCACGCGCUCUCUACGGGCCUCAAGGCUUAUGUGACCUCUUACACGGCUAAGUCAUUGAGCAUUUGCAGGGAAUCCUGUGGAGGCCAUGGGUAUGCUGCUGUCAAUAGGUUUGGUAGUUUGAGGAAUGAUCAUGACAUAUUUCAGACCUUUGAAGGCGACAACACUGUGCUUCUACAACAGGUGGCAGGAGACCUCUUGAAGCAAUACCAGCAGAAGUUUCAAGGUGGCACACUUGCUGUUACAUGGAACUAUCUGAGAGAAUCCAUGAACUCUUAUCUCUCGCAGCCAAACCCAGUAACAGCUCGGUGGGAAAGUGAAGACCAUUUGCGAGAUCCUAAUUUCCAGUUAGAUGCCUUCAGGUAUCGUACAUCUAGACUGCUUCAAAGUGUUGCUGUGCGACUUCGGAAGCACUCUAAGAAUCUAGGGAGCUUUGGUGCUUGGAAUAGAUGUUUAAAUCAUCUUCUGACACUAGCGGAGUCCCACAUUGAAUCGGUUAUACUAGCUAGAUUCAUUCAAUCGGUACAAAGCUGCCCUGAUCCAAGUACUCGAGCUGCUCUAAAACUGGUUUGCGAUCUAUAUGCCCUGGACCGAAUCUGGAAUGACAUAGGAACUUACCGCAACGUGGAUUAUGUGGCUCCCAACAAAGCUAAGGCAAUUCACAAGUUGGCAGAGUACCUCAGUUUCCAAGUAAGGAAUAUUGCUAAGGAACUGGUAGACGCAUUCGAUCUUCCUGAUGAGGUCACACGGGCUCCGAUUGGCAUGCAGUCAACUGCAGAAGCUUACUCUCAGUACACCCAGUAUGUUGGAUUCUAAUUACUCGGAUGUUCCAGGAUAUACCGAUUCCUAGUCGAAAUAUAGGAUUACAAUAAGAUGACCUGAAAAUAGAGGGAAGAUGAUUGGUGAAAGGACACUCCUAUCUCCUAUCUUCCCCACCCCCUUACCUUGUAGAUGGUAAAAUAGAGAUGGAAGGAUGUUAUUCUGAAAUGGAUCUAUAGGACUUGGAUUGUUCUCUCCACAAAUUCUAGCUGGUGUUUUUAUUUUUAUUUUUUUUAUCCUUCUUUUUAUUCCACAAACAUGCUCACAAACCCCACGAUCUAAAUACCGUAUAAUUGUUUUGAUGAGAAAA